AUGGCUCCAGCAGCGGAUGUCCAUUCCUCAGACUUCUACAAGGUCCUUGGCGUGCCACGCGACGCCAGCGAUGCAGACAUCACCAAGGCCUAUCGCAAACUGGCCUUGAAGCACCAUCCGGAUCGGAAUGCCGAAAGGAUGGAGCAAGCCAAGGAGGAGUUCCAACGCAUCGGGGAGGCCUAUGAAGUGCUGCAUGAUCCCGAGAAGAGGAAGAUGUAUGACCAGUAUGGCAAGGACCUGUCCCAGAUCUCGGAUACCUUGAUAUGUUGGCAGGACGGUCCUGGCAAUCCUGGUGCUACGUACUUCCACGCUUCGCCAGAAGCUGGUAGUGGCAUGACUGGCAUGACGCCAGAGCAGGCCCAGAAGCUCUUUGAAAGUGUCCUUGGGGGCCGGGCCUCGUACAUGUUCAGCGGAAGUGGCCUGGAUGGUAUGGGAACACCUGGCAUGGCUGGUAUGCCUGGUAUGUCUUCCAUGGGUGGUGUUGGUGGCAUCGACAUCUCGGAGAUUUUCAUGUCCAUGGGCAUGCCAGGAGGUGCCACAAGCUCACGCUCAAGGCGUCGCCCUCGUGAACCAUGCACCAUCCCUGCUGGGCACCAGGUAGUCAUCCAUGGUUUGUCAAGCUCGCCGGAACACAACGGGAAGAACGGUAUGGUCAGGGGCUUUGAGCAGCAGCGUGGCCGUUACGAGGUCCAGCUGGAUGACGGUAGCACUAUAUCUGUUCGCCCAGAGAACCUGACUCAGCUUUGUGAAGUCUCCGUGCAUGCCCUGACAAGUAGACCAGAGCUUAACGGCCAACCCGGACGAAUUGCGGGCGUGGAUGUCACGACCGGACGGUAUGUUGUGAUGGUGCAGGCGGCAGCACCGACAGUUGUGCGCUUGCAGCCGGCCAACUGCAUCCUAACAGCAGGAAUGUGUGUGCGAUUGAAGGGCCUGAGCCGACAAGAGCUGAAUGGCCAGAGAGCACAGAUUCUGGAUGUUGAUCAUGCUGCUGGUCGCUACGAAGUUCAGCUCUCUGAGGGCAGGCAAAUCCGGAUUAAGUUUGAGAAUGUGGUCUGCUGCUUCCGUCUCGCGGGCUCUUCAGAGCAGAACUUCCAGCUAGGCGAUGUGGCAAGGGUCUCAAACGAGAUCAGGUGCCAGAUGUACUUCCGUUUGUUAACGAACUGGCAAGCAUUGCCACUGGAAAACGGCAGUUGGGUGCUCGCUGAUCAGUCGCUGGGCAAGUUUGCCAGCUGCCUGUCAGCAUUUGAGCUGCAGUUGUUCCACGCUCCAUCAGUUCACUCCGGUGAGAGCGUGAGCCUCAGGAAAACGUACCUGCAUGUGGAGUAUCUGGGCAAUGGUGUUGCAGCUGGUAUCCACAAAGCACAGCGGAAAUGGUGGUUCGAGCAGCUACUGCCAUGCCGGCACUUCAACACCUCGUUUGUUGAGUGCUGUUUCGAAAGCGAGGUUCCAAUGACGCUGAGCAAAAUCGUCCAGUCCGAGAUUGAAGACGAGUCGAUCCGCCUUGCUGUGCUCAUGGUGUCUGGCCGGGCCUUGGUCGUACAGGCGAGAACUUUGCAAACCGUUGCAGACUUGAAGAGCGACAUCGAGGCCAAGGAGCGCAUACCGGUUCAAGAGCAGUCGUUGAUCUUCCAAGACGAGACUCUGCAGAAUUCACGCCGGCUCCAUGAAUGCGGGAUCCGACAUGAUUCUUGUGUCAGUCUGGUGCGGGUGCAGCCUAUGGAGUUGAAGAUCAUGACGGCUCGAGCAAAGUGGAUCGUGCGAGUCCAGCCACAGGAUACCGUGGCGGAGAUUAAAUCCUUCGUCAAUGAGAAGAUGUCGAUCCCCUUCGAGCAGAUGCUAUUCGUUUGCAAAGGCAAGCCACUGGAAGAUGGCCGACCCUUGCAAGAGAUGGGCGUCGAGACGGGGGACCAGGUCGCGUUGAUCUUACGCCUCAAGGGCUGCGGCCAGUUCAUUGUGGAAACUGAUGGAGGGACCUCAUUUCGAGUGGAUGGUGCUUGCGCUGACAAGACGAUUGCCGAUGUCAAGACAGCCAUCCGUGACAGAACAGGUAUGGCCCCUGCGGAGCAGCAAUUGACUUUCAGGAAGCAAGUGCUGGAAGAUGCGCAGACCCUGGAUUACUACGGCAUUAAGCGCGAAUGCAAGAUUCAGCUUGCCCGACGCCAGCCGCAGGACGGCUGUCGCGAACGUUGCUGUUUCUGUUGCUGA